CGUCUCCCAUGAUGGGAGGACACUGGGUAGAUUUGCUAUAACUGUUACAAGCGAUUAAUCUUGACCGUAAGAGCGUCCACAUGGCUGAGGCUCAGGAAAUGCCGAGAUGGGAGCGCAAAGUGCGCAUAAUUUUGGCUCUUCUGGGUUUGGUGCUGUCUGCCUAUGCUCUCCAUGUGGAGCUCUCCCGAGAGAGAGACCCAGAUUACAGGGCAAUGUGCGACCUGGGGGAGUCUGUGAGCUGCUCCAAGGUUUUUACCUCCAGAUGGGGACGUGGUUUUGGUUUGGUCCAGCUCGUUGUGGCCAAGGACAGCCUUCUGAACCAGCCCAACAGUGUGCUCGGCAUCGCAUUUUACACUCUGCAGAUGGGCCUUGGAUUGUCUCUGUCUAAAAAGGCAGCCCUGGCCUUGGUCCUCUCCUCCUGGGUGUCCGUGGCUGGCUCAAUUUAUCUUGCAUCUAUUCUCGCCUUUGUUCUGGGAGAUUUCUGCAUGGUGUGCGUCUCAACGUAUAUUGUCAAUUUUGCACUGCUCUACACCAACCUGAAGAGAAGGAAAGCAAUUGAAGGACUGAAGGAAAAGACUGGAUAGGAAAUGCAACAUUUGUUAAAGGCUAACCUGGGCCAAAAUGAUUCGCUGUUUUUAUACCAUUCAUAAAGAAAUAAUUGCAGAUUCUUCUUAGAAAAUCUGAUCAUUUUAGUGAUGAACUGAAAAAAAUACAUAUUUUUGUAUACCAUUUCGCAUUUGUGACAGGCUUUAAAUAUUUGUCAAAUAUCUUAUGGUCUGAUAUGAUUUUACUUUAUGCAAUAAAAGCACAUUUUUACCAUCA